CAACCAGUUGUUUAGGGAGAGGGGGCACCUGGGAGGAGCAGGCAGAAAGUACCAGAAGCAGACUCCUCCAUCCCCUAGCCGACAGUUGAGGCUCUGGGACUCUGGAGACAGAUGCUGGGACAGGCAGCCGGUCAGAUGCUCGGCCUGCCCGUGGGCCUCAGUCGGGGUCAGUAUUGGCCGCUGAUGCCACUGCUGCUGCUGCUGGCCGGCCUCCAUCAAGGGACAGGCCUGGCUGCCCCAGAGCACAUCCGCUAUGUGCCCCAGCUCGCAAGCCCCAGCCUGGCAGGGACCCUCACCCAGUCUACCUUCACGCUGGAGCAGCCAAGGGGCCAGUUCAGUCGCCUCAACAUCUCUGACUUGGACGCCAUCUGGCUGGUGGUGGCCCACAGCCAUGCCACCCAGAGCUUCACAGCCCCACAGAGGGUUGAGGACAUCCCAGCCCCUGCCGACUUCCCCCGGAGGGGCUACUACCUCACACUGAUGGCCCACCGGGUCCUCUAUCCGGGCAACCAGACUGGGAAGCAGCUCCGCGUCCUCCGCGUUGGCAACGACACUAGCUGCUCCCUGGCCAAACCGGGCUGCAACGCCCCGCUGCCAGGCCCGGGCCCCUACCGAGUGAAGUUCCUGGUAAUGAGUGACAGGGGACCUGUGGCUGAGACGGAGUGGUCCAGCGAGACCCGCUUGCAGCAAGCUGAGGCACUGCAGGCUGCCCCAGGGCCCCAAAGCGCGGGCACCGUGGUCAUCAUCGCCAUUCUGUCUGUCCUGCUGGCUGUCCUCCUCACCGCCCUCCUGGCUCUGCUCAUCUACACCUGCUAUGACACCUGCGGGACCACUCCCAUUUCGGGCCCAGAGCAGUCGGUGUGCGUGAGAAGAUAUGACACCCACCACGUGACCAGCCCUCCAGCCACGGGGGGCUCCUGAGGGGUCCUCGUCUGCCCCUCAGCCUCCGCCCCGGUCCCGGCUACAGAUCCUGCCUCUUCGGGAGCCCCGGGAAGAGAGCGUUUCUGAGUGAGGGUGGGAGGAGGGGGUCCUUGCCCCCAGUUGGGUCUGUCCUUGUCAGAAAUAAAUGUCCCCAGCAUCCCCGA